GAGCAAUCCGUACUGUUGAAUUGAAUCUGUGGUGAUCGGACUUUGCGAGCCGGAUUUGAACGUCGAGACCCCCUUCGGGACUUUCCAGUGGAGUCGGACAGAUCGUUUGAAGGCUAAAAAAUGGCGGCCCCAACACCUUACCUCGGCUCUAAGAUCUGUCUCAUCUCGAAGGCCGAAAUUCGAUAUGAGGGCAUCUUGUAUACGAUCGACUCCAAGGAAAGCACCGUCGCGCUUGCGAAAGUGCGAUCGUUCGGAACUGAGGACCGGAAAACCGAUACCCCGUUCCCGCCUCGGGAUGAAAUUUUCGAGUACAUAAUUUUCAAAGCUGCGGACAUCAAGGAUCUUCGUGUUUGUCAACCCCCGAUCCCAACGCUGGCUCAGGACCCGGCCAUCGUGAGCCACUCGAUAGGCCCACCGCCCCCUCCGGCGGGGGGUGCUCCCUCGUUCGGGGAUUUCUCAGGAACACCAUACGGACAGCAACCGCCUAUGUUCAUGCCACCUCAUCAAUCUCAAUCUCCGUUCGGGAGCGCUCUUGGUCUUUCUCCAGGUUCGCUGAUGGCCACUCCGGGAGCUCCGAUUCCCUCGGCCGACCCGAAUCUGGGGGGUUUCCCUCCCAAGGCCGCGCCUUGCGCUCCUAUCGUCGAAGCGUCGAGGACAAGUACCCCCGAAGCGCCCAAACACCAGGAGCAUCGACGUGAGGGUGAAGGAGAAGAGGAUCACCGUCGUCCCGGGCACUCGAACAGUAACUCCUAUAGAGGAAACGCUGAGGGCUACAACAAACAUCCUCCCAGGGAGGGAGGUCAGAGAGGCGAGAACUACGGUAGGGACAACUAUCAGCAGCGGCGAGGCGGUCCUCAUGGAUCUUCACAAGAGUUUGGACACGGUGGCGGCGGAGGAGGCGGCGGUUACGGUCAGAUGCGCGGUCGUGGUGGAGGCAUGGGUCGCGGAAGAGGAGGAAUGGGAGGACUUCGACCCAGAGGGCAGCUGCAGGCCAACAAAGAGCCGCUCAAGUUCGACGAGGAGUUUGAUUUUGAGCAGGCGAACCUUGAGUUCCAAGAACUCGAAUCAAAAAUGGCGAAAACGAAAAUCAGCGACGGUGCCGGUACUUGCGACGAUGAAUCCUAUACUUGGAGCGAGGAGGAAAAUCAGGAAGAGGCGAAAUCCGAAGGCAAGCCCGCUCCGACGGACGGCACCGAACCGGCGGAAUAUUACAACAAGAGCAAGAGCUUCUUCGAUCAGAUCAGUUGCGAGGCACUCGAGAGACAGAACGGUGCCAAUACCGGCCGCGUCGAUUGGCGCCAUGAGAGAAGCAUCAACAAGGAGACGUUCGGAGUGUCGGCUCCUCCAAGCUGGGGUUACCGACGUGGUGGAUGGAAUGGUGGCUACAACAACUACAGAGGACGCGGAGGCUACGGUUACAACAGAUCCCGUGGAUACGGCGGAAAUCGCAACUACGACAACCGUGGACACGGAGGCGGCAACCAGGGUGGAUACGGCGGAUACGGAAGCAACCGCGCCUACGACAGCAGGAAUAGGAACAAUGGCCCUCCCCGGGGUGGUCAUCGUGGGAGACCAGCACCCCCUCAACAGGCGUAAUCUUGAGCCGUGUGACACCGACCGACGACACAAUCUACAGGAAAGAAGAGAGAAUGGAAUGAAUUUCGUUUGCUUAAAACAUCAUCAAGUCUU